AGUUUACUGUAGAUGAUGAGAGAUUAUCUGUUGAGAAACAGGGAAUUUUGGGAUGUGUGUGUCAGUAUAAUCCCACGUCUUUACAAACAUUUCUGAAAAAGAGAGUCGUUAAGAGUUGUGUACUGCUGCUGUCCAAUAGUCAAAGCUGGGGUGGCUACAGUGUGGCCAAUAAAUCUCCACCCACCACUUACAUACACACAGUACAGUAGCACACACACUAAUUUGUGCUUGAUCAAAAAUGGACACGUGCCACACCACAAUCUACAUUUAUUUAAUGAUAGCAGCAUCUGUAUCUCCAUCAGAAGGUGAUGCUUUGGAGAUUUUUCCAGCACAAAUUUUUGGACAGUCCACAGCAAAAGUUGGUGAAAAUUUAGAGUUAAAGUGUCUCAUCUCUAACAUUCAGAGCUCAAAUACAGAUAUUCACAUGUAUUUGUGUAAAAAUGGUGUAGGAGAGAGAUUAGAACUACUUGGAAAUAAAGAUGAGCACACCUUCACUUUGAGGAAUAUUUCAUUACGGGACUCUGGUACCUACAGUUGCGUGUACUCAUUUAAAAGAUAUCUUGCAAAGAAUGUCACAGGAUCAGGAAUGAACUCAAUCCAUGUCCAAGUCACUGGUGAUGCGUUGGAGAUUAUUCCAGCGCAAAUUUUUGGACCCUCCACAGCAAAAGUUGGGGAAAAUGUAGCAUUAACGUGCAGCAUCUCUAACAUUCAGAGCUCAAAUACAAAAGGUUACAUGUAUUUGUGUAAAAAUGGUGUUGGAAAGAGAUUAGCACUACUUGGAAAUAAAAAUGAGCACACCUUCACUUUGAGGAAUAUUUCAUUACUGGACUCUGGUACCUACAGUUGCGUGUACUCAUUUAUAAGAUAUCUUACAAAGAAUGUCACAGGAUCAGGAAUGAACUCAAUCCAUGUCCAAGUCACUGGAGACGAAAAGUCAACAGUGCCAACAGAUUCUGUGAAAAAUGCUGUGGUUUCUCUUGCCACUCUUCUCCUGGUUGGGGUCGUCUUUAUCGAAAUGUAUCGCUACAGAAGAAUAAUACAUGACAAGUUGUGUCAAAACCAAGGACAGAGCAGUGAACCUGCAAAUAGGAAUAAUAGUCAAGAUUUAGGGCAAGUAAACCAGACAGUGAACAGGAAUGAAUUUUACAGUGACAUGGGGGAAUACGCCACAAUUCCUGAAGUUGGAGGGAACAUUACACCACUCGCUGCUCAUGAUUCUGCGAGUCUUGCUGCAGUCUACAGUCUUGCUGCACCCUCUGAGAUAUACAGUUUAGUGCAGCAGCACGAAAAUAAACCAGCGCUGCAAAGAGAGACUGGACAACCUGAAGCAGCAGCAGUCUAUGCACAAGUAGUGAAGAAAAAGAGGAAAUAAUCCACAACACUUGCCAAUGACGUUUUCCACCCCCAAUAUGAAUAAAUCAGUAACAUUAAACAAAGAUAUUCAGCGGUCAUGGUUUUACAUAUCAAAUCAGAGGAAACUGAAUCCGUGAGACAAAAAAAAUGACAAGUAAGAGUUACUUAUGUGGAAUCUGAGUCACUCCCACUAGCACUGACAUUCAAGAAUGGAAAAUAAUUAAGAGACAGCAGAUGUAAAUUUAUCAACGGAUCAAUUAUUAAAAACUUA